UCUGGUUGUUAGAAGGAGCAUCAGCCUCGUGAUUUCCGGAUAAUCUUGGCUUUCACCGUGAGGCGUCAUAAUUCUUCCUUUAACUUCCAGGUCAAAGUUUAAAUGGUUUAAUAUGGUUGAUGUUUCUUAGCAAGAUUUUUUUCCACGUGAUGGGGUUGCCGACCUUAUACCUAACCCUCCUCCUUUACCCAGGCUACAUAAGUAAUCGUGAAGGAUUUGCAUAACAUCUGAGCUACUUGAUAAAUAAAACUGUCUGUUCUCAAUAUAAUUGAAUUUCUCUUAAUGACUUACCAAUUUAGUAAAUAAUCCCUCCUUUCAGUUAUGUCUUUUCUUCCAAAAUUCUGUAGACUCAAAAGAUGGGAUUUAGAUGCAGCUGCUGCUCGUGUACGUCAAAUACCACAACCUUACCAGGCUACACUAAAAGGUCCAACAAGUGUUAGGAAAAUAUUCCGUAAACAAGAAGAUGCUAUUAACUUUGCCAAACAGUUUGGUCAGGAAAUAAUGGUCUUCAGUUAUGAAAGCUUAUCCCUUGGGAAUGAAGGUCAACGUUCAUUUUUAGCAUGUGGAAUCCAGUCGUUCUUUUACACGUACAAGCAAAUGGCGCCUUCUUCUCGUUGUCACUAUGAGGUAAUUAUGGUAGACAGACCAGCUAAAUUAUAUUUGGAUAUAGAAUUUUGCAAGUUAUCUAAUCAAAAUAAAGAUGGGGUAGUAGCUGUUAAUACGUUUCUAAAGGCUUUGUGUGCUUGUAUUCGAUUCUUCUAUGAUGUAACUAUUGAACCCAGUGAAAUAUUUAUAUUGGAUGCAAGCACUUCGAAGAAAUUUAGUCAACAUGUCAUAAUCAACAGUAAAAAUCUUGUAUUUCGAAACAAUUUAGAACAAUGUCAGCUGAUUCGUAUACUUUGUAAAAGUUUGUCACAAUAUAGUUUAUUACAUACUGAUUUCCUAUACACAAAUGAAUGUUCGCAUUGUUCAAAUCAAAUUAAUCAUCUUAUACAAGGUAUAUUUCCCGAGGUUCAAUUAACCAGUAACGAUGCCAAAAAUUGUUUUGCUUUACCUAAAUUAAAACAGUCUACUUCAUCAUCAAGUGAAUUAUGGACAAGUGUGUGUGAUUUAGGCGUCUAUACACGUAAUCGUAAUUUCCGUCUGGCUGGGUCAUGUAAAUUAUCCGGUAGUGGAUUAUUAUUACCAAAUUAUGUAAUCAAUAAGAAUGAAAUAUUUUCAUGUAUAUGGUCAAAUUGGCAAUCUUGGGCACGGACUCUUGUUACUUAUAUUGAUGAACAAUGUUCAAAUUUUAUUUAUCGACCGGUGGAAAAUUGUUGCUGUAGUAAAACUGAUAACACUUUACUCACUUAUUUACCUACUAAUAAUGACAUCACUCAUUCUAAUAAUGUACAUAAAGUCCUUCAUGAAAAUGACGCCAAUAUUUGUCUUCAGUCAUUACCAUUAAAAUUAAUUGUUUUCAUAAGGAAAAUUAUCCGAGAAUGGUUUAAUCGUGGAUUAUCUGAUGAAAAAACCAGUAAUGUGUUGUACAAUUUUGAGAAUCAAAUCAAAAUUAUUUCUUUCAAUAAAGGCAAGUUAGCCAUAAAAGUGGAGAAACUGCGUUUCUGUGAAAGAGUCAAUCGUUCCCAUAAAAGUAAUCAUAUUAUCCUAGUCUUUGAUCUCAUCAAUGGUUGUUAUUAUCAGAAAUGCUUAGAUCCUGACUGUCGACUGGUGGGUUUUCGUUCAUCUAGUAUGCCAAUACCUGCCGACUGUCUCAAUGUUCCUUUUGUAUGUAACGGAGAUGAAUGUGUGUUGAGUGAAAGCAAUCUAACUAAUAAAGUUGAAUAUUUCAGUGUUUCUGUAACACCUGAAGAUUUAAUGCUCGGUUCUAUACUGGAUGGUUUUCAAAAUUAAUACAGUUUGUUCAAAGACAUAACACAUGAUUUCUUUAUAUUUAAUAUGAACCAUGCAUUUUACUCCUUAAAACGUGCGAUAACAAACCAUUUUCAGGACGUAUAUUAAACAACUAACUCGGUCACGAUGGAUAUCUCUUCGUAUUGAUUUGAUGAAUUCAACACUUCUGGCUUUCAAGUAUUCAUACAAAUUGGGAAUGUAGUUGGCUUUUCUAAAUAGCACCUUAACCAACAUUUUGUGUCCCAUAUGUACUUUCCAAAAAAAAUUAAUUAGACAUUUUAAACUAGUUUUGUUUAUUUUUGUGAAUUUAUAAUAAAACACUUAUUUAUAUAACUUUGAGAUCAAAGCCAACGAAGCGUCUUCACUACAAUAUGUAUGCUACACUGGCUCUAAGUAUGACAGAUAAAAGAAGGCAUGUGGAAUUAAUCGUGUUCACAUUCAAUUGUAAUUGGAUACAGCAUCAGAUAUCACAUUAAUCUCUAAACGGACAUGGAAUUUAAC